AUGUCUUUGCCUCAUCCUCGAUUGCCUGCGCGAACUACAACGUUUGAUUAUGAAGGGUGGAUGCAGGCUCGACAAGAGCACAAGAAUCACGUCGUGUGUCCGCCUCCGCCCAAACCAUCACCUCCCAGCAGCACGUUCCUAGCCAAUCCGCGUUGGGACACCGAUAUCGUCACCUUUUGCAGCCAUAUCACACGAGAUCCACACCUCGGCCGCGCCCGCGUUACGCAAAUCCAGAACCGCAAGUCUCGCCGAGUUAUCCUCGCACGAGUACAUCUUGCUUUUCUUUUCGAUCGGGCAGAGGGAGAGCAAGCUCCGCUUUCGGUGGGCGGGACGAGGCAGCGUGUGACGGUGUACCAUGUCCCUACUCCAGGGGACGCAGCAACAACGACGGCAACAGCACCUUGGUUCGAACAAGAUGGGAAACGUGGGUCUGAACUUGUUGCUUCUUUGACGACUUGGUCGAGCUUGGGCGCAUCUGGUGUGAACUUUGUAUCUCAUCAUUUGGCCACUGCUCGUGAGGGCUCGAGGGGCCAAGGGCCGAGUUUGCAUGACGUAGUGAGGCUUGUCGAGACGGUUGUUUUGGAGCGCCCUGCAAGCUUUUUCAAGGCUGCGUCGAGCUAUGUUACAUCCCGGUCAACCUUGUUGGUGAUUUACAAUUGCUUCCCGCACGACUUUGCUUGUUCGUUGGGGGAGGAAGAGGAAUUGGUUCCAGCAUCCAUGUUGGAAGAGCCCGCGUGGGCCAGUUUGCUGCGGUGGUAUUUCCCGUUUACGGCUAUCGCACUGGUACUCUACUUCCUUGCCGUAAUCGUCGUCCAUGUCUGGGUCGGGAGACUACUUGCUUCGCCGAUAGGAAACCGUGUGCUGGACGCGGCUCAGAGAUGUAUGCGCGACCCGACUGCACCUGAAUGUGAGCUCCUAAACGUACAUGACCCGGCAUGGAAAAGUGCACUUCGCCUAAUGUUGCAUCUUGUAUUGGACUUGCCGUUUCCCGUCGGGCUUCUUCAUACCUGGUUAUCAUCCCUGGAAUUAAGCAUGGGAACACUCGUGAAACGGGUAUCCACGAGAUACCUCAACGAGUCCUUCGAGUCGGGCGAGAACGAAAGAACGGUCAAGACUUGGCUCGGUACCUUUUCAAGACCUUGGUUCAACUUUAUCGUUGGCUCGUGUCUUGGCUGUGUCGCUGGACUAGCUCUAUUUCUCGGCAUCCUUCUUGGCCACGGUGUGAUCGCCAUCCUAUUAUUUAUCCUUUGCGUUAUGUUUGGGGUCAAUUACUUGCUCCCUGCUCUAGACGACGGCGAGCCUGCGUCCGAGCAACCCGAUGACGGACUUCCGCUCGUGGAUCGUCAGUCGCCUGCUGUGUAUUCUUCCGAGCCGGGCCCGAGCUCGAGGGUGUAA